AUGAAUAUCAUAAGAUCAAGACGUUUCCUAUCAACAACUUCAAAAUCAUCACCUGUUUCAGAUUUAGCAAAGAUUUUAGUGAUACCUAUAACUCAAAAUAAAUCAUAUAUUCAUUUUAAAUUUAAUGAAAAUUUAAUUAAUAAUGAUUCAUUAAUUGUUAAAUAUGAAAAUAAAUUAUCAAAUAUUGCAUUAAAAGGUUGGACAAGAUUAAAAGAUUCUGAUAAAUCUUAUAAUCAAAAAAUUGUUCAUUAUGUUGAAAAAUUCUUGGAAAGAACUCCAUGGUCUGAAAAUUCAUUAAUUUCAAUCCCAUCAAAAGCUACUAUACUUAGACAAGCUUUUGAAGAAAACAACAAAGAUGAUAAUAAACCAGAUUCUAAACCAAGUAUAUUAUUACUAAAUGAUACAGAUAUUGAAUUAAAUAAUAAAGGUGAAAAUUUAUUAAAUAUUCCAGUUUAUUACCCCGGAUCAUUAAUGUCAUCAACUCAAUUAAAAAAUGAAUUAUUAACUUUAUCAUCAAAAGGUCAAACUUAUCAUAAAAAACAAAUGAUUUUAAAUGGUAUUGGUAUUCCAAUCUCUUUACCAUUUAUGCUUGUCCCUGUGAUUCCAAAUAUUCCAGGUUUUUAUUUAGCUUAUAGAUUAUAUUGUAAUUUAAAAGCAUUUUUAGGUGCUGAACAUUUAGAACAAAUUGCCAAAAGAGGUGAUUUAUCAUUUUUAGAUCAUGAAAUAUUAGAUCAAAUAUAUUCAAAACAAGAUAAAACAAAUGAUAUUUUACUUAAUGAAGAAAUUAUUAAUGAUUUAGUUAAAACUUUUGAAAUUGAUGAUGCCAAAGCUCAUUUAUUAAAAGCAUUAAAACAAGAAAAAGAAGCUCUGGAAUCAAAACCAUAA